AUGCGAGAUUCGACUCGCUUCGAGGACAACAUCUUUUACUGGGAUGGCCAAUUCCACACUGAUGGCAUCGGUUAUCACUCCUCGACCGGCUUGGUCAUCUCUCAUACUGCUCUGGGGUACCAGACUGGUUUGCCAAGCACCCUCUCACCAGAAUAUACACGAGGCAAUCCAAGACAUGAGGCCUGGCACAUAAUGCUGCUCACGCUUGCUCUGAAUGGCAGUGCCCGUGCCUCGACCUUUAUCUACCCAGCCAACCCUACAGACGCUGGCGAGAUUGCUGCUUCGAUCUUGACGACCAAGUUGAACACAUAUACUGCCUUCAAUCAGUCCUUUCCGGGUUACGGGGGUUUCCUACCUGGUCUGGAGGUAAAUUCUGCCAUAGCACGUCCAUCUUAUGAUUGGCGUAAUAAAGUCUCUGCUGCAGACAACGGUCGGUUGCUCUGGGCUGUCUACGCACUGAUUCAUGUCCUACAAGCUUCAGACCGAUCCGAAUUCCAGCAGCUCGGAGGUAACUGGAUGCAAUGGUUUCUCUACGCACGCCGCAAUGCAAAGACUGUCUUCAUGCAAGGUCAGCAUGCUGGAGAAGUUUGUGCCAUAUCUACCUUGCAAGAAGACCUGUCUCCCUUUGCAUCAGGUCAGCGCUAUGCCUGCGAGGAUCCUAUAUGUCUCAACAAUGACCCUUACGAAGGAGAACUUAUGAGCUGGUUCCUAUACUUUUCCUCCACAUUGAACAAGUCAGAGGCUGAUCUGCUCUGGGAUGCAAAAAGACCACAAUUGCUGGCAGCCAAUUACACUGGAUCUAUAGUGGAUGCAUCACGCCAUCAGUAUGGCAGCGUGAACUACGAGGGAAACCCUAUUUUUGGACGGCACAUCACGCCGAUCACUGUUCAGAGAGGUCUCUACUUUGGCAGUAACGAACAGCUGAAACUUCUCUUCUUGCCCUAUCUCGACGUCCCGGUUAUAUAUCGUGUUUUCAAGAAUGGAGAACGAGUUCGUACCUGCAAUUCUAUGCUGAUGGGUGUGCCAGGAAUGUAUGCAUCGGCACUCAACGGUACAAGCUCCACAUCUGGCAUUCGCGCUUCGAACGCAACAUUAGAGUACGACGCUAUCAAGAAUGCAGGCAUACCUUCGGUCGCAGUUUUCAAAGAGCAAGAGCUGGAUGUGGUUACACCCUAUUCAGUCGCGCCAACCAUUCUGUUCGACAAGAGCAAUGGUCUGGCGUGGUACAAAAACAUGCUCGACGGCAAACAAAUGCAGACUGUCUAUGGCAGUACAGCUGCAACUCGACUCGACGGCUCUGCUGUUGCACGAUUCGUAACUUGGGAGACCAAAGCUCCGACUUUGCUUGCUCUGCUUGGUGGUAUUGUGGAUAUCGUGCGCGAUGGCAUGAAGACUGACAAAAUCUACGAUGAGUUCUACCAAAGGAUUGAGAGUGAGUACCACAAUGUGUUCGACGAUGAAAGUGGCAUGGCUAAGCCUGGAGCCACUCCUAUACUAGGAGAAAAUGUGGCGUUCUGUCUACCGAAUGCACAAAUGCCAAUGUCGAGUCUAAUUGACUUCUCGAGCUGUGAUUCCACACCUUGA